GCCCCACCCCCCACAGUAGGUUUGUGCACUUAUUUGAGGCAUCAUCAUCAUCAUCAUAAUCAUGAUCACGCGCUCAGCGGCGGCACGAGCAGACGAAGAAGUCCACAAGCGAAGGGCAGCCUCGCGUUUCUUCGACGCUCAACGCUCAACGACUGCUGUAACAGCGCCGUCUCCAUCAGCUUCAGCAGAAUGUCCGCCGCCCCGAACGUUGCGGUUGUGCUGCUCAUCGGCAUAUUGUACUGCGGUGGGCGGCUCCUGGUGGACAGACUAGCCUCGCUUGCUUACCCGUGGUGCGAUCACCCGCUCAUGUGCUACGACUACGCCGAGGAGCUGGCCGCCAGCGUGGACAAAAGCGUAGACCCGUGCGACAACCUGUACGAACACGUGUGCGCACGCUGGCCCCGACGGUAUCCUGCCUUUAAUAACAGUUUCGCGUUCCUCCAAGUGAGAACGCUGACCUUGCUGCACCAGCUCGAGCAUCCUGGCUAUGAACAUGAGUCGCUGGCUGUCAGGCGGAUCGUAACCGGAUAUCAGGCCUGCGUCUUGGCUUUCACGGAGCAUCGUGAGGAUAUCCAGAUCCUCUUCGACCUGCUUAGUAAGUUCAACGUUACGUGGCCGUCUUGGACGCUUCCGAAGCACUUCGACGUAAUGGAGUACCUGCUGGGCCUGUCGCUGGACUACAACCUGGAGACGCCCCUUUUACUGGAGUUGGAGCCUUACUUGAGGACGGACAGGCGGUACGGCCUCUCUCUGAGCGUUGUCCUACCCUCCAAGUCCGCCGCGGAUAUAUACGGGCCGAAAAUGGUUACCAAGUGCAUGCCGUCGGUGGUGCCAUCGAUCGGGCACGAUUCUGCGUUACGCUUCGGCGAGAAAAUUUCCCAAGUCUACGCUGACAUGUUAGUGAGCCGAGAACACUUCUCCGAGGCCAAACUUGCGCUGUCAUACACCACGAUCGGAGAACUGGCUCACAACCUCAGCCUGCAUGUGGCAGACGGCGCCUUGCUGGGCGCCAUCAACAAACAUCUUCCGCGAGACAUGCAAGUGGACAAGGACGAGGAGGUGCUCGUGUUGAACAACACGUGCCUGGUACUGAACGAUAUGCUGACAAAUGCCAGUCGGUCGCGCUAUGUGGAUCUUGUUCUGUACAGUGGCUGGAACAUGGUCAUCACGUACAACUAUGGAAUGUCGUCAUCGAUGCUACGCUGCAUGCAUCCGGUUGCGACCGUGCUGUAUUCUGUCAUGGCAGCGGUGACAUGCCUUGACGCUAUGAAUAAGGUGGCCGGCUACGCCCUCGCCCGCUUUUUCGUUGACAGAGCGGUACAGUCACGUGCUGUGCUUGACGUCACGGACACGUGGAACGCCAUGCGCAACGCCACGCGGCGCAACUUCCCCACCCUGUCGUGGAUGGACCAGUCCACCGCCGCGGGCGCCAUCAAGCACGUAGAUGACCUCGCUUCCAUCAUAGCGUUUCCGGCGCAUCUGAACAGCAGCCAGGCACUGGACGCCUUCUACGACUACCUGGAGGCGGACCAGUCGCAGCCCUUCUUCCGCUGGUUCAUCAAGUCGUGGAAGCGGCGGUCGGACAAGCUCAAGCGCUUCAUCCGCGAGGACCCGAGCGUGCAGGUGCAUCGCGAGGACAUGCCGUUGAGAUUGAGCUCGGUGGAGGUGAACGCCUUCUACUUGCGUCUCUACCACAUCAUGGCCAUCCUGCCCGCCAUCAUGGCGCCGCCAUUCGUUGCCCCAGGCUUGGCGCCGGCGGUGAACUACGGCGCCAUCGGCAAGAUCUUGGGUCACGAGCUGUCCCAUGCAUUCGACCCGCGUUUCAGUAAUCAGACAAGGACGGGUCACUUCGGAACCUGGUGGUCGCAGACCUCGUACGACAACUUUGAACAGAGGCUGCAGUGCGUCCGUUCUCAGCUGGCCAACUACACCGGCAGCGAGAGCCACGGCUCCAACGCGCUGUCGGAGACGUUCGCGGACACUGCCGGCACCGAGAAGGCCCGCCUUGCGUACGAUUCACUGCCCAAGCAGCCGGGUAUGCUCGGCUACUCUCAGGAGCAGCUCUUUUUCGUCGCAGGCUGCUUCGAGUACUGUGCCCAGUAUCCGUACUCGUGGGAGGCGUCGGAAGAGUACCCAGCAUUCGCCCUGCGUUGCAAUUUACCCGUUUCCAAUGAGAAGGAAUUCGCGGCAGCGUUCAAGUGUCCCACCGGAGCAGCGCUGAACCCGCCGAAGCGGUGUACGUUCCAUUAACGUCACAGUGAAACAUCCUUUGGCAGCCGUAUGCCUGCUGGCAUUCAGGAUUUUCUGCUCGGUAUCACGAUUUCUCAGAGAGUGCUUCCUAGAAUGAAAACUCCGCUCUAUUUUUGACAUUUUUGAAACAUUAUUGCAUGAACGUUUCGCUGCAGUGUGACUAGCCCAUUUCUUUGUCAUUUUUUACUAUCUGAAUUUUUCUUUGUCUUUAUCGCCUUGUUCGUUUUAGUUUUAUUUGUCUUCAUUAGCACCUGCCCGUUGUACUCAAGGGUCAUGUUUUCGUUUUCGGCGCAGUGUGGGAAUCUUUCCUGUCGGUCCUUUAAUUGCCUCACCAUUCUUAUUUUUUUAAUAUGUGCUCAAUUAUACCUUAGCAUUAGGCCAAGUAGUUAGGUUCAGCCUUCCGGUAUUAGAUGCACAAAACAAAUAUUAUUCCCUGGCAGAUGUCGCAGACUUAAAACGUGUCAUUGGAGCAAGUCUUCAGGGAAAGGUGAACGCCUCUAAUACGGAUCUUGCAGUGUCAAUGCUAUAAUUUCUGGACUCUGGAAGUAUCCAACGUACCGCUGCCACUUUUUUAUGCCUCCUUUAGGACCCUUAUUCUAUAGGCAAGUGUUUAAAAAUGCUGUGGAAAUAUUCGCUUGAGGCAAGGCCACACACUGAGAGAAGUAGAAACGUGCGCUUUUUCAUGUGUGGACGUUCUUGAUUUUAUUGCUGUAGCAUUCCGCCUUUUUAUUUUCUUGUGCUGCCUGCUUUCGCACUGCGCUAAAAGCUUUUUAAAAGGGUGCUAUGGCUUUCAGUUUCCGAUUUGUGUGCGUGAGCUAAUGUGUGUGCGAGGCCUGCGAAAUUCUUGGGUCAUCAUUAAGUAUUCAUCACUUCUCGAG